AACAAGACCAUUUUUUUCCUGGUGCAGUAUGAUCCUUCUCCAGGUCAGCUCGACUCGUCAUGCCCAGUUGUUGCUGUCAUAGUGGGUCUUUUUGUGACUAUUUUUCACCGCUGAUCUAUUUCCGCAUCCGCUGACGUUCUUGUAAUGAUUGCAACAACCGCGUCACGAAAUCUUCCAGAAUUUAUACGGGAUCAAUUUACUAAGUACAAUACGACGUAGUGCGCCCAUCGCUAUUUCACUGGAAUAAAACGUCACUUCUUACAUAUUCGUGUCCGUGCAGUUUGAAGCUUCUCGGCUUAAAUUAGCUUAGCUUAGCUUUCCAGCUGCUAACAAAGAGAUCAACACAGCGCGAAGGAGAGGUCAAGUGUGAGCUCAAAUUGUUGUAGUUUUUGCGUGAAAAUGUGUGCAAGAAGGACAGCUGAGUACCAGGAGGAACUUUGUGAAACAAUUGAGGCCGAAAGACAACGACAGGCACUGGACGCCGUUUGCAAGAAGCUUCCAAUUGGUUUACGCACAGAUAUCAGUGGAGCUCUUUGUCCUAAAUGGGUGGAGCCACAGUCCCCUCACGUUAAAGAAGAAGAGGAGCAGUUGCCUUGCUCAAUCAAAAAGGAGGAAGAAGAGUUCCUGCAUGUUAAAGAGGAAGAACAGUUUAUCAUCAAGGUUCCAUUGACUGGUAUUAAUUUUAAAGGUGAAAAUGAAGGUAAAGGUCAAACUGUGGCAAACAUAGGGGCAGAGCUUCCAAGCAGUAGCUCAAGUCACCACAUGACAACAGAAGGUGAAGGAGUACAAUGUGAAGAAUCAUCAGCAGAUGGCCUCAUAGCGCCACUAUCAGAUAGUGAAAGCACAAUUUCACAUUCUCUUCACAAUGAUGAUGAUGAUGAACAGCCUGAGGGUCAUAGGACAGGUCACACUGACAAAAAAUGCUGGAAAUGUUCACUAUGUGGUAAAAACUUUGGGUAUAAAAGCCGUUUGAAAAGUCACAUGAUAAGCCACACUGGAGAGAAACCAUUUGCAUGCUCACUCUGCAACAAAACGUUCUCUGAUAAAGGAAAAUUAACAAGUCACACAAGAACACACACAGGAGAGAAACCUUUUACCUGCCUAGUUUGUGGUAAAAAAUUCUCCUGGGAGGGAAAUUUGAGAAAACAUACGAGAACACACACUGGUGAAAGACCCUUUCCAUGUUCAGUUUGUGGUCUUAGCUUCACUGAUAAGGGAAAAUUGAUUAUACACAUGAGAACACACACUGGAGAGAGACCUUUUGCUUGCUUACUGUGUGGGCAAAGAUUCAGUGAUAAGAUAUACUUGAAAAGUCACACAAGAACACACACCGGUGAGAAACCUUUUUCCUGCACAGUUUGUGGUCAAAGUUUCUCUGAAAGGGGAACACUAAGAAGACACAAAAGAACACACACUGGUGAAAAACCAUUUGCGUGCUCAGUUUGUGAUAAAAGUUUCUCUGAAAGGGGAACAUUAAAAAGACACACAAGAAAACACACUGGAGAGAAACCUUUUGCCUGCUCAAUCUGUGGUAAAAGAGUCAAACGCAGACACACUUUAACAGCACAUAUAAAAAGGCACACUGGAGAGAAACUUCUAACCUGCUCAGUAUGUGGUCAAAGAUUUGCUUAUGAAAAUCUGUAUAAGAAUCAUAACUGUACUGGUGAAUUUACAGAUGAUCAACUAAAGAUAGGUGUUUAAAAUUAGGGCAUCCACUCGGUGACAAGUGAAAUCUUCUGGUUUUCUCAGAUGAUGUUUCUCCUGUCAUCCAGGGCUGCAUGAGGUUAUCCACAAAGGCUAGCUAGGAUGGCUCUUAUCUCAGGGGUGAGCUAUCCAAGAUAGCCCAUGUCCAUGUAAAAUAUAUUCCAGAACAGUCCAAUUGUGAUUAAUUCAAGACCCUGAUAAUAAAAGAUGGAUACCAAUAUUAAAAGCCAUGUUAAAUCUUGAAAUCUCGAUGGUGAUAACGAUUUUUAAACAGUCUACAUUUAUGUAUUCUGUUGACUUGUUUUAUAUGUCUUGUAUUCUGUGUACCCUCUUAAAACCACGUGUUCAAGUGUUGAGAAGUAGCACUUGUGUUGAACCCUUUAAAGCAAAGUAUCUGCAUUGCGCAAUGUUUUUUGUCAUGUGCACACCAAAUAAAAAUAAAUGUUUGGCUAAACUGGACUGAGGAAACAGACUGUUU